CCAUUAUUGGUAAUCAACUGUUAGAAAACAGAAUCACAGAAAUCUAAAUCUCAUCUCCAUUUUGUUAUCCCAAAUGAUUGUCUUUUUUCCCCUAAACUGAAAACAACAUGAGAAUCCUUAAACACUAAAACAAACACAAGAAUGGCAACUACAACACCAAAGAAAAACCAUUCCUUUUCAUUCUCAAUUACUCUGUAUAUAUCAUUGUUUCUUCUAGUAUUACUUUUCAGCAUCUUUUUCUUUAGCAAAAAAACCCUUGAACCCACUCUUGCUCUUUACAGAGAUAAUCUUGUUUCUUCUUCUUCUUCUUCUGAUCAUAUUGAAGAAACAAAACAACCCAUUAAUCUUGAUCCAAUUUCUGAUAAUGAUUCUAUUAAUGAUGUGACCAUUGAUUCUGCCUCUGCUGCUGGAGCUGGUUCUACUGAUGUUGUAGCAAAGCCCAUUUUGGAUUCAAUCUCUGAAACUGUUUCUACUGAUUUUAAAGCAAAACCCGUUGAUUCUGAUGUUUCAACCAAACCCAUUGAUUCAAUCUCUGCUGGAAGUGAUUCUAUUGAUUAUAAAGCAAAACCCAUUGAUGCAAUAUCUGGAAAUGAAACAACAACCAUUGAUUCAGUCUCCGGGGAUGAUGUUUCGGAUGUUGAGACACAACCAUUUGAUUUAAUUACUGAGAGUAAUGUAACAAAGGGUUCUGGUUUGGGUUCUUAUGAGAAAAUGGUGGAUACAUGUGAUUUGUACAGAGGGAAGUGGGUAAAAGAUGAAGAAGAUGAGUAUCCAAUUUAUCAACCUGGUUCUUGUCCUUACGUUGAUGAAGCUUAUGAUUGUCAAGGAAAUGGUAGACGUGAUUCAGAUUAUACUAAAUGGAGAUGGAAACCUGAUGGGUGUGACCUUCCAAGGUUUAAUGCGACAGACUUCUUGGAGAGACUAAGAGGUAAAAAGUUGAUGCUGGUUGGAGAUUCAAUGAAUCGGAACCAGUUUGAAUCAAUCUUAUGCCUACUUCGGGAAGGCCUGUUGGACAAGAGCCGAAUGUAUGAGGUCCAUGGGUACAAAAUUACUAAAGGACGAGGAUAUUACAUCUUCAAAUUUGAGGACUUCAACUGCACUGUCGAUUUUGUACGCUCUCAUUUCCUCGUCAGGGAAGGGAUCCGUCUAAAUGCUCAGGGAAAAUCAAAUCCAACUCUAUCAAUAGAUCGCAUCGACAAAUCUGCUAACCGGUGGAAGAGGGCUGACAUCCUUGUGUUUAAUACUGGCCAUUGGUGGACUCAUGGAAAGACUGCUAGAGGGAAGAAUUACUAUAAAGAAGGUGACGUUGUCUAUCCUCAGUUUGAUGCGGUCGAAGCUUAUAGAAGAUCCAUGAGAACAUGGGGAAAAUGGAUUGAUCAAAAUAUAGACCCAACCAAGAAGUUAGUGUUCUACCGUGGAUACUCUUCCGCCCAUUUCAGAGGUGGAGACUGGGACUCUGGUGGAACAUGUAAUGGGGAGAAGGAGCCCAUUUUAAGUGGGGCUUUCCUAGAUUCUUAUCCUUUAAAGAUGACAAUUGUGGAGGAGGUUCUCCGUGAAAUGAAGGUACCCGUAACACUUCUAAAUGUCACAAAGUUAACUAAUUUCCGCAAAGAUGGGCAUCCUUCAGUUUAUGGAAAGAACCGAACAUUAGAAACUAAGAUUUCCACAAGGCGACAGGAUUGCAGUCAUUGGUGCCUUCCUGGUGUCCCCGAUGCAUGGAAUGAGCUGAUAUACGCGAGUCUUGUCUUACAACAAAGUACUCUUUCAGUUUUGCGGUAAGAUUUUUUAUUUACUUUCAUCCCCUUCGUAUAUAGAUAGAUUUCCCACGAGUUAUUAAAGGGGACAUUCAAAAUGCCUUAGAAAAUGAUCGAAUCUUAUUGUUGUAAACAAUAUGUAUCAUUAUUGCUUAGAAAGUGAAUCUGGUUAUCUAAGAAUCUUAUUGUUGUAAGCAAGGUUCGAAAAACGGGUCACGACCCAGGUCACAGGUACUAGGCGUGACCGUUAUAACGUGCUUUGACGGGUGUGAGCACGUUUUGGGUCAAAAACGCGUU